AUGUCUGUGAAGAAAAAGGAAUGAGGCGGAGACUAGUGAAGUGUGUCAAACCCAUAGCGCACGGCUCUAUCACGGAAAUUCAAGAUAACACAAUCAAUAUUUAAGAAAAAAAGCAAGGACUGAAACAAAAAUAUUUGGAUUUAAAUAAAAGAAAUGAGAAUCAGCUUCAACUGACAGAAGAAAACCUCUGAAGAUCAUCCAUCAAUUCUCUUUUGCCUCUUGUGGGUGAUGGGAUGAUUGCUUUCACCUUCCUCCGACCUCUACUCGACACGUCUCCAGUUUGAACGCUCGAUAGUGCACUCCUCCAUCUUUCUGAUGUCGGGCGAUACUGACUCCAAGCCCUACCUGUACUCCAACAUGGAGAGCCCAGAUGAGGCCCCAGGGUGCAGCUCCAUGCCCAGGGUGACCUCAGCAUCCAGCUCCAUACCCAGGGGGGCCACAGGGUGCAGCUCCAUGCCCCAGCUCCACUGUAUGAGCGGUUACCGCCAGGGUGGGCAGGACCUUGGCCUUGUCUCGGAGGGCAGUGACAGCAGUGGCCAGGACCCCUCAGCCUCGCCCCACAGCCGGCGUAAGGGCACCCGCUCACGCCCCCUCCACGAGGAUGUGGAGAUGAAGAGUAGCGGAUCCAGCGGGAGCGAGUCCCACGGCAAUGAGAGCCACGGCAACGACAGCCACGGCGACGGGAGCCAUGGCAAUGGGUCGGCGGGUAGCUCCAAUGGGAACAGCAAAGACUCAGCCCUCCUCGAGUCGUCGGGGAGCAACAAGAGUUCAAACUCCCACAGCCCGUCCCCUCCCAGCAGUUCCAAUGCCUUCAGCCUGCUGAGUUCUGAGCAUGACAACCCCUCCACCAGCGGCUGCAGUAGUGAGGAGUCCGCCAAGGCUAAGACACAGAAGGAGCUUCUCCGUACCCUGAAGGAGCUCAAACGUCACCUCCCUACUGACAAGAGGAACAAGGGCAACAAGUCCACCUCCCUCAAUACCCUGAAAUACGCCCUGCGCUGCGUGAAACAGGUGGAAGCCAAUGAGGAGUACUACCAGUUGUUGAUGACCAAUGACAGUCAGCCAUCCGGCCUGGAGGUGUCUUCUUACACCAUUGAGGAGAUAGACAGGAUCACCUCAGAGUACACUCUUAAAAACAAUGACAUAUUUGCAGUAGCGGUGUCUCUGAUUACGGGGAAGAUCAUCUACAUCUCAGAGCAGGCUGCCUCCAUCCUAAACUGUAAAAGAGGUGUCUUUAAGGACACAAAGUUUGUGGAGUUCCUGACCCCCCAGGAUGUCAGUGUGUUUUACAGCUUCACCACUCCCUAUCGCCUGCCCUCCUGGAGCAUGUGCACCGGAGCAGAGUCAUCCCCAUCGGACUGCAUGCAGGAGAAAUCGUUCUUCUGUCGAAUCAGUGGUGGUAAAGAGUGCGAGGGGGACCUGCAGUACCUCCCGUUCCGAAUGACGCCCUACCUGAUGAAGGUGCAGGACAAGGUCCAGUCUGAGGACCAGUUCUGCUGCCUUCUGCUGGCUGAAAGGGUGCACUCUGGAUAUGAAGCUCCCAGAAUACCUACUGACAAGCGCAUCUUCACCACAACACACACUCCCAGCUGCGUGUUCCAGGAUGUAGAUGAGAGAGCUGUUCCACUUCUGGGUUACCUCCCCCAGGAUCUAAUCGGUACCCAAGUCCUUCUUCUCAUGCAUCCCAGCGACAGGCCUGUCAUGCUGGCCAUUCACAGAAAGAUCAUUCAGUUUGCUGGCCAGCCAUUCGACCACUCUUCCAUCCGCUUCUGCGCACGGAACGGUGAAUAUGUCAUCGUCGACACAAGCUGGUCAAGCUUCGUCAACCCAUGGAGCCACAAGGUCUCCUUCGUCAUCGGGAGGCACAAAGUCCGCAUGGGACCAGUGAAUGAGGAUGUAUUUGCGGUCCAACUCCCUGCCCUUGUGGAUACCAAGACUGUGGACUCCGAAGUCCAGGAGAUCACAGAACAGAUCCAUAGAUUGCUGCUGCAGCCGGUACACAACACUGGCUCGAGUGGUUACGGUAGCACGGGAAGCAACGACCACAUUGCAGCAUCCCUGGUGAUGAACGGUGAGAACAACGCACGCUCAUCCAGUGACAACAACUUCAACAGCAGCGGUAACAGCCCGAAAUGGACACACACGGAGGAGGGGGGCAGCUGGGCCAAGCCACAGAGGUCAUUCCAGGAGAUCUGUAAAGGAAUUCACCUCCAGAAGAGUCAGAGCCAGGAACAGCCGAGUUACCAACCCUCCCAACCCUCGACCAAACAGCCUGAGACCAGGAAGAACCCAGGCAAGUUCCUCCAGAGGAGCCCACCUGUGGUGCGUCCCAAGGACUCUGCUGUCUUUGCUCCCCCUCUGAGUCGGAGGGACAGCGAGGUCAGUGCCGCCCCUGUGGAGGAGCACAGCAGCAGGCCAGAAGAGCUGCUGAUCUUCAACAACCAGGCGGUCUACUCCUACCAACAGAUCAGCUGUCUGGACAGUGUUAUCAGGUAUCUAGAAGGCUGUAAUGUUCCCGUCACCAUGAAGAGGAAGUGCCACUCAUCUGACAACACCACAUCUUCAGACGAGGACAGGCAAAACGGAGGGGACAGCCACAUGCUGACGUCCGAAGACUCUGCGCAGUUAAAGGCUAAGCCCGGUCAAACCCCUCUGGACGACUUCGCCGCAGACAAAAAGACACAGGCCGCGACCUCAGCCGCGGAGGCGGUUGGCUCCUCCCUGGCGCCCCUCGGCGUGCCUCCGUGCAGCAAGGCCGAGAGCGUGGUGUCAGUCACAAGCCAGUGUAGCUACAGCAGCACCAUCGUGCACGUAGGGGACAAGAAACCGCAGCCCGAGUCAGAGAUCAUUGAGGAUGUGUCUGGGGCCGGGGAGACUGUGGAGGGGAGUAGUCAGACUCAUGGGCCUCCUCCCGGUGCUGUUUCACCUCCAAGUCUAGAGAGGGAGCCAUUUAAGAAGAUGGGCUUGACCAAGCAGGUCCUAGCGGCUCACACCCAAAAGGAAGAGCAGGCUUUCCUGUGUCGUUUCAGGGGAGUCCAGUCCUUCCAGGCCAGCUGUUCCCAGUACCUGGAGCUCCAGAAAGAACAGGGCACCUCUGAUGCUUUGCCCGCUGUGCGUCUGUGCAAGCCAGCAGAGCCCUCUGCCCGUCGAAGUGGGCGCAACAAGAAGACCAGGUCAAAGAGGGUGAAACAGAAUGAGUCAUCAGACAGCUCCGUGUCUCACGACAGGAUCCAGCAGCAGUACCGAGCCCCCCUCCUCAACCAGGGCCUCAACCACACCUGUUGGUCCACCUCCAACACCUCACAGUCCACGUGCCCAUCUCUGGCCUACCCCACUGUGUUGCCAGCCUUCCCCCUCCAGGUCUAUCCCAGAGCGAGCGCCAUGGCUGCUGCAAUGCCUACCCAACCGGAGAACUCGAUGGCAGGCUUCGUCGACAGCCAGUGCAACCAGGACCCCCAGUGCCCACUGACAAACAUCCAGCCAUCGCUGUUCCCCACCCCCAUGGUGACCCCAAUGGUAGCUCUUGUUCUCCCCAACUACGUGUUCCCCCAAAUGGGAGCCGGGGCUCCAGGACAGCAGCCUUUCUACCAGGCAGAGUCAGCCGGGUACCCCCCUCAACUGCAGCCAUUCCCGGUGCAGACGCCUGCCGCCUUCACCUCCCAAGGUCCCUUCCCACCACAGGGUCAGCCUUUCUCCCUGCAGACAACUCUUCCCAUGCCCACGCAAGGUCCCUUCCCUGCCCACGCCUCCUUCACCGUCCAGGCCCAUGGCAAUGCCACGGGCCCAAGCCCCUUCUUCCCCCAGGCAGGUUACCCUAUCCCCACACAGCCUUUUUCUGUUUCCAUGGAGCCUCCCAAGCCAUCCGGGGAAACGGCCCAAUCUCGUAGCUCUACGCCCAGGUCCACGGGCGGCAGAGACCAAGUGUCCUCCCCUCCACUGUUCCAGUCACGGUGCAGCUCUCCACUGCAGCUCAACCUACUGCAGCUUGAGGAGACGCGAGGCUCCCUGGAGAGGCAGGACAGCAUGGUGGUGGCGCCCCCAGCUGGCACGCAGGGGAACAACAACGCGGCCGAGAAGGGAGGGUGCUUGGUUGGCCAGGCCAUGGAGAAGAUCAAGGAGCUUCAGCAGCCUACAUUCAGUCUGACUGGUCCAAUGGGACCGUUGUGUUCCAACAAACUCUGUGUCUGCAAGAGAAUGUCUUGGGAUAGAGUGGGUACUAGGCUGAGGUGUUGCAGCGAUGAGGUGAACUCGCCGGGCGACAGUAAUCAGAGCGACGCCAACUCAUCGUCAAGUGACUUGCUGGACAUCCUUCUUCAUUCAGACUCUCAUUCAGGCACUAGCUCAGCAACUUCAGGUUCCAUGGGUUCCAGGUCAAACGGGUGUGGAAUCUCAGCCAGAACGUCUAACAGUAGAACGUCUAAUAACAGCGGAACAUCAGGUUGUAGAACAGCAGCCAGCGGAACCUCAGCUAGCGCAGGGUCUGGCAGUGGCACAGGAAGCAGCAGCCUCAACAGCAGCAACUACUUUGGCAGCGUGGACUCCUCCCUGAACAGCAGCCAGAAGGGAAAGGGGCACUCCAGCGGAAGCAACCGUAGCAUCAGCGAGGUGCUGCCUAUGGAGUUGGAGCCGAGCCAACAUGACAAAUAUGUUCUGCAGGAGCCGCCAUGGUUGGCCACCGCCAACGCUGACGAGAAGAUCAUGUUGACCUAUCAGAUGCCAUCACGGGACAUCGAGAGCGUUCUUAGGGAAGACCGAGAGAGGCUACACAUGAUGCAGAAGAGCCAGCCAUGCUUCACCGGGGAGCAAAAGAAUGAACUGGUGGAUGUCCACCCCUGGAUGAGGAAAGGAGGGCUGCCCAAGGUCAUCGACAUCACGUCCUGUGUGUGCUGUUGUGAAGGGGCUCCAGAGGUGCCGGCGUCUGAGGAGCAGCCUGACCUGGACAUGGGAGAUAUAGAGACUGAAACAGGGGAGGUCUGCCCCUCCAGGAUGCCCAGCAAGAAACCUUUUAUCACUGAAAUCUGCCCCAGCCCGUGCUCCUCUUCUGGCUUAGGAUCAUCAUAGCCACCUCCUAAGUUGACUCCUGUUUAUUAUAACUGUGUCACUUCUGCCAAAGACUCGUUCUCAAGAGACAUCCAUCUCUCACCAAGUCCACCAGAUGUCCGGACUUGGGCAAGACCACAUUUGACUGCCUAGUAAUGUUUUCUGUAUAUCCUACUUUUACACGUCUUGUCUCAAAUCAGCUGGAGUGUGUGGAAGCUCUGCUACAGCCAGAGAGCCUUGUCAAUAAAUGUUCAGUGAAUGUGUGUAUGUGUGAGGAAGAGAAAGAGGACAUAGAGUGAGGGAGUUUCAGACAGUCUAUUCUGUCUGUGUGCCCUUUCAUUUCUUCCCUCUCUCCUGUAUAUCAUUGCGAGUUUGAAAUUUAACUUUUCACUGAAGCAGUUUAAGAUUGAAAUAAUUGUGUAUUUCUGUUCAUGAUAGCCACAAAUAUUUAGUGAUCUUUAACUGGCUUUCAGUGUAAAAUGUGAUAAGUCUAAUUAUAACUAAUUAUAACCAUCAGUAAGUGGUGGAUGAAAUGUUUUUACUCUCAGUGGUUUCAAAGCGACGUUAAUUUGUUUUUUUUUCAUACAGAGAAAACUAACGGCUAGAAUAGCAUCUGUUUAAUAUGUGUGUUUCUAUGUCCUGAGUGUCUGACUCUAUGUCCUGAGUGUGCAUCAUGUUGGCUGAUUAAAAGUUAUGGGGUAAUAAUUGAAGAAGUGUGGCUUUUUGUUAAAUCUGUUUCUUUAUAGCCUGUGGUUAUAUAGCGUCCCAUAUUGAUAUUAGUGGUUUAACCAAGCUUUGCUAUAAAUGAACAGCUUUCUAGCCUUGGAACUGCAUCGUGUAGCAAUAAAAAUACUUGCCUUGUAGAAGGGGUGUAUAAACAAUGUUGCCAAUACUCUACUGCAAGGGCAUUAAGCAUUUGGAAUAGACAUGGAAGGAACUGGUCAAUACUAUAUUUUAGGUAAAACAUAAUAGGCAUUUGUCUGAUAUAGCCAGCAUGGACGCUGAACACACAAAUUGCACUUUUCCUAUUUAUUUAUGUACAUUUUUUUUUUCUUGUUUGGCUUUUCUGUUUCUUGUGUUCUAAGGUGAAGUGUAAACAUGUUUUUCUUAUUUGAAAAUAAAACUUGUUACUCUGUUAA